AAAAAAAAAAGUAUCUCUCUGCUCCUAUCGCGACUUCGAACCAGCAGGAAGAGGCAGGACGGAGGGAGUUCCACCGCGAUCGCGAACCAGCAGGUGAGCCGGCGGCCAUGGCACGCCCAGAUCCGCCCUCCUUUGGCCGUCGUCGUCGAUCUCCUCUGCGCCUACCGCCGGAUCCACCUCAGGUGCACCACCUAGGAGACCAUGGCUCCAUUUGCUUCUUCUGCUGUCCCGGUUCUCCAACCCUAGUGCCUGCCGACGCCAUGGAAGUGGAGCAGAUGAGAGAGACCAUUUGGUUUGAGGUGACUAUUUUUGGCAAGGGAAGCAAUGUCACAAGAGCAGGGGAUGUCCCUCUCGGAGCGGAGCAGUAUGCCCACCGCUCCGGUACCUUUUUGUGCUAUGACGAGUGUGUCACUGCUGUCGGCAUCAAGAUGAGAGAGAUUAUUUGGUUUGAGGUGACCUCCCAGGAAGCAAAAAGGGCGUGGCAAGGGAAGGAAUGUUACAAGAGAAACGGAUGGCCCCUCUCGGAGCAGAGCAGAGCAGUAUGCCCACCACUCCAGCACCUUUUUCUGCUACGAGAAGUCCUUCACCGCUGUCGGCAUCAAGGUGACAAGUGCAUUACUUUACUAGCUGCCCCUGGUUCGAUUCCUCCCAAGAGCGGAUCUGCGCCAAAGGGCAACUUUUCUUGCUCACGCGGAUAACGGCCACUGGCUGCUCCACAACAACGACAAGCACGACGGCCUUGAUUACCUUACCUAGAUUAUUUCCCUUUUUGUGGUGUCAACGAUCUCUUCAUGUUUACCGCUGUAUCAAAUACUAUACUGUAACUCGCAAGUUACCUACAGCCAGCCAUUCUUCUUUUUUCUGUAGCAAAUGGACUAGUAUGCAUACAAUUUUAUCUGCUUCAUGAUUCAAGUGGAGGACAAGUUCCUCAGCUUCUCAACAA